UGCGUCAGGAUACCUGUUGUGGCGCAGGGAUCCACCUAAAGCGCUCUGAUACAGGCUGCGUGUUUAAGUGAACCUUAGCUGAGAUAAGGUUAGGUACAUUCUGAUAUCGACGGAGGAAGAAUCUGCAUAUCAAGGGUCAGAGGUCAGAGUUCAUGACCCAGGCGAUGGAGGCUCGGGUCCUGACGACCCCCUGCGGACUGGGGGAGCAGGGCCUCCGUCAGGUGCUGGUGGAUGUGAUGGAGGAGGUGAAGCAGUCGGUGGAGCUGGAUGGGGGCGGAGCCGGCCUCCUCCACACCCUCCUCAGCUCCACCUGGCUGCAGGCGCUGUUGCAGGCCUUCGAGUGUCUCCACCGGUUUAAGAGACAGAGUCCGACUCCAGCCCUCACCUACGCCUCCGGCCUCUCCCUGCAGCUGCUGAUAGACAUCAGGUCUCUGUCAGGCUGCUCUGAUGAGGCCAAGGAGCUCUACCGCCUCCUGAGAAGACCCAAUGUCCAGGCCUUGUUCUCGGCCCAUGACUCGGUGGCCCUGAGGGACUACGAGCCGGUGCUGCCCCCCAUGCCCCAGGAGAUCCCCCCCGACGAGGAGGCCACCCGGACCGUCUGCCUGGUCAAGAACAAGCAGCCACUGGGCGCCACCAUCAAGAGGAACGAGAUCACCGGGGGGAGAUCUUUGUGGCGCGGGUGAUCUACGUUAGACUGGGCCGAGAGAAGCGGUCUUCUCCACGCUGGAGACCGGAUCCUGGAGGUGAACGGGUUCGUUGUGGACGGCAUGGAGCCGGAGCAGGUCAUCCAGACUGUAGCCCGGUCGCAUGGGACCAUCAUGUUCAAGGUGGUCCCCAUCACCGAGAGACCGGUCCACAGCCAGACCAUGCUGUACAUGCGGGCCAUGGUGGACUACAGCCCCCAGCAGGAUCCGUCCAUCCCCUGUGCGGACGCAGGGAUGGGCUUCCAGAGAGGAGACGUGCUGGAGGUGGUGGACCAGUCGGACGCCCUCUGGUGGCAGGCCAAAAAACUGCCCUCCACCGGGGGCUGCGCCGGGCUCGUGCCCUCCGCCAACCUGCUCAGACGGAAGCAGAGAGAACACUGGUGGUCCCAGCCCUACCAGCUGCACUCCUGCACCCAGACCUUGAGCACCGUGGAAGAGGAGGACAUGAUGUCAAUCGAUGACAAGUGUGUGGAAGCAGAUGAAGAAGCUUUUGAUUCUGUGGAGCUACGAGAGGAGGAGGGUGAAUUCAGCAGCAGCGGCGGCCUCUACAUCGCGGGGUUCAGACGCAGCCUCCGUCAGUGCCGGCGUCGGUCCCACAGCACCACCCAGCCCUCCUGCUCCACCCGCUGCCACGCCAGCACCGCCCUGAGCAGCCCCUACGAGGAGGUGGUGCGCUACCAGAGGGGCGCUGGGGAGACGCACCGCCUGGUGGCUCUGAUCGGUGCGUCGGGGGCGGGAGUCAACGAGCUGAGGAGACGCCUGAUCGCCUCAGACCCCGACCACUUCCAGGGAGCCACGCCCCAUACCACGAGAGCUCCCAGAAGCCACGAGGAGAACGGCCGGGAAUACAACUUUAUCAGUCGGGAAGUCUUCGACAACAUGGUGUACAACAACAGGUUCCUAGAGUACGGGGAGUUCCAGGGCAGUCUGUACGGGACGUCCAUCCAGGCGGUGAAGGACGUUCUGACCGCCGGCAAGAUCUGUGUCAUCGACAUCGAGCCCAACGCCAUUCAGGCGGUGCGGACCCACGAGCUGAAGGCCUACAUCGUCUUCAUCAAGCCCCCGUCUGCGGAGCGGCUCAGGGAGACGCGGCAGGAAGCAGUCAUCACCAACGACUACCACGCCAACCGGCCCUUCAAAGACCAGGACCUGGUGGACCUGGAGGAGGCGUCCCGGAGGCUGGAGUCCCACUACUGCCAGUUCUUCGACCGUGUGAUGCUGAACGAGGAGCUGGGGCCCUCCACCGCCCAGCUACUGGGGGCCGCACAGCAGGCCCAGGACCUCCCCCAGUGGGUCCCGGCCGCCUGGAUCAGACCCCCCCAGGAGAGCUGA